AUGGAGUCUGCUAUUUAUUGUAACAAGUGUAAAAUUACUGGUAAUCACAAGACUAUUUUUUGUCAAAAAACUCAAUGUCAUUACUGUAAACAAUUUGGUCAUAUAAAUGUAUUUUGUCCAAAUUUACCCUGUUAUCUUUGUCAUGUGUAUGGCUACACACAAAGAACUUGUAUUGAAAACAAAGAAUUAAAGCCUAAAAAACUUAAAUGUAAAGUUUGUAAUAGAUAUAGUGAUAAGGAAUUUUGUAAUGAUAUUCAUAUGGUUGCUUUUUUGACUCAUGAAAAGGAUUUUCAAUUUAUGUUGAAUUAUAUAAUGCAUCUAUCUGAUGUUGAAAUAAAUUUUUCUGCUGUUUUAAGAAUGAUUUACAAAAUUAAGAAAAUAUAUUAUUUUAAUGAUUCAUUCGAGAAAUUACAAAAAAAGCAAGAGAUGGAUUGUUUAUAUUAUGAUGGCAUUAAUAAUGUUUAUACAUUUAAAGAAGUUCAUAAUUCUUUAGGAAUAGAUUUAUUUAAUCUUUGUAAAGAAUGCUGUAAUGUUAUUAGUAAUCAAAAAUUGGUUUGUGGUACUUGUAAAAUCAAGAAGCUUUUUGAGAAUUUUAGAAUUAAACCAUUUAGAAUAGAAACAAACAAGCAUUAUUUAAAAGAUCACAAUAUUCAAUAUCAAAAAUUUAAAGAACAUGUUAUUGUUAAAAAUACAAAUUAUUAUAUAGUUGAUAGAUUAUAUUUUGAUAAUAAAGAUAAUCUUCGAUUAGCAUAUAAUGGUAUUAAAAGAUCAGAAAGAAGACCGAAAGCAUUGGAGUUGAAAAAAAUGAAAUUGGAAAAUGAACGUAUGCAAAAAGAAUUAAAAGAUUAUCGAAAACAAGUUAAAGAUUUGAAAAGAAGUAAUGAAAUAUUAAAUAACAAAAAUCAAAAUUUAAAUGAUACAAUAACUGAAUUGAAUAAAGAAGUACAAAAACUCGAUAAAAAUUUAAGAGAUUAUCAAGAUGCUAAUAAGGAAUUUGUUGAACAUGAUAAGGAAAUAAUGAUAGAGAUCGAAGAAUUGAAAAACCGAAUUAACAAACAUGAUGAAGAAUUAGAUCGAUUUAAAACUGAAAAUGAAGAGUUGAGAAAACGAAUUGAUAAAAAUGUUACGAAUAAUGAAAUGUUUGAAAAUAUUGAAUUAACAAAUAAUGAAAUAUUUGAAAAUAUUGAAUUAACGAAUAAUGAAAUAUUUGAAAAUAUUGGAUUAAUGAAUAAUGAAAUGUUUGAAAAUAUUGAAUUAACAAAUAAUGAAAUGUUUAAAAAUAUUGGAUUAACGAGCAUCGGUGAAAGUAUUAAUGAAGAUUGA